AUAAUAUGCCAAAUUUAAAAAUAUAUUUUUCAAAGUGCAUCAUAGUGCAUCAACCUGAUUAACUGCCACGAUGCAAUUUGAGGGAGCUUCAUUUUUUAUAUGGCAUUAGCAAACAAUGAAAAGGUAAAGGCAACUAAAACAACCUGAAACAGAACGCCGUUUUUCUUUUAACAUGUCUUGUACUUUGUAAGACUUUCAUGUUUGGUAUUUUAUGUUAAUGUUUAACAACGUAAUGAAUUGGUCACUAAAAUAAAAAUGAACAUUCUGAUUGCUAAACCGGGAUAAAAACUACUGAUUAAAAUACAAUACAAUACAUUAUAUAAAAUACAUUAAAAUACAAUGCUAAAAAGAAAUAUUCGUUUUCCAAGUCACUCGAAGCUUGUACAUUUAACGUAACAUUUCGAUACGUAGCUCUAAAUAAAACACAGUGUUACUAAUUACUGAGAAGUUAUCUUCUGUUUCCAAGACAGAUAACAGGUACGUUCGCGCGUGCUUUUGACUCGACGGGCGCUAUGACCUUAAAUUCAUACUGAGCGUUUAGUAGUAAUAACGCGGAGAUUAUAACGCUACGGUGUAACCAUUCGCGGUGGACGUAGGCGAUGGUGGGCGCUCCACAUUACUUUGGGAGUCGGUACAGAUGAGCCUUCCUCAGGUUCCUGGGAAACCAUUUAAAAGUUAGAUUUACUUUUAAAUACAGAAUAUAAGGGCCUAAUUAGUAGUCGGUAUGUGGAAAAAAGUAGAAUCCUACAGUAUGGCGAUGGAGUGUCUUAAAAAUUGUUUCAAGAUCUUUCCACACAAGAACAAAGACACUGGAUCCCAAGCGGGACCAUCUUCAGCAAUGAAAGCAGAGCCAAGGCGUCUCCCCUCGGAAAACGUGAUCAGAGUUUCCGGGGACUACUUCCUGUCCAAGCUACCUGCAGACGGGAGAGACGUUCCCUUUGUGCUUCCUGCGUUCAAGUCUUCUUACGUCCAGCCUAGUGGCAGCCAGUACCCCGUUUAUGGGGAUGAUCUGCACUGCUCGACUAGAAGGGCUUAUGCAGACCGGAAAGCUGAGCUCUCAAGGACGAAUCACGUUGUCUACAAUCCGUGCUGCUCUCUGAACCAGAGCACCAUGGUUGAUCUCCCAUUUCCCGGAUCCUCACGCCAUUCCAUAUCCAAGAACAACGUCACGGGCGCGUAUGGAUCUGUUUACGAUUUGAAAAGCGAGAAAACAGCCAUUAGCGGCUCCAUGUUAGACCUUACUCACCUUCAGAAUCACGCGCAGCGUUAUGACUCAGUAUCCAGUGUCAGGAGUAGUGUUUCCUCUGUGAGAGACUCCCUUGGAAGCAGCCGUAGCCUUGAGUCCAUUACCCUUUCGGGUGAUGAGAGGGAGAAAGGGAAGCUGAGCAUCAGGUUGAGUUACCAGGAGGCCCGAGAGCAGGUCUGGAUAACACUCCUGCGGUGUAAAGACCUGUAUUUCCCAGUGGUGUUUGGAGAACAGCAGAAGAUUGGGAUCAAAGGCAUAAUUACUACAGCCAAGCCAGUGCAGUUUAAGUGCUCUGUCAAGGAGGCCACUCCGGAUCUGGAGUUAAUGGAGACAUUUGUCUUCAGUCUGUCUCUGAAGCAGCUGCGCAGUGUAGGUCUGGUAUUCCGGCUUCAGACUUAUCUCCCUCAAAAGCGCACAGUGGGUGAGUGUGCAGUGUCACUACGGCAACUGGGACCUCAUGAAACCCUGCACUGGUUGGACAUCCAUGCACCAUCCAAAGCUUCGAUCUGCCACGCGGAGCUACAGAUUACCACAUGUUUCCAGGCUGUCUGUGGUCGGAUUCAGCUCCAGGUGCUGGGAGCACAAAAUGUCCCGAGUUCUUCUGCACCGUUCAGCCAAAGCUUCUUUGUUAAGGCAGAGAUGUAUUCUUUGGGGAAGCUUAUUACCAAGAAAAAGACCCGAGUUCUGAAGUCAUCAGGGGGUCAAGUGCAGUGGUCAGAAACAUUCCUGUUUCCUUUGGCAACUGAAGAACAAGAUGUUUGCUUCUCUGCCAAACUGUACAGUCGCAGCUCUGUGCGCAGGAAGCAGUUCUUGGGCCAGGUGAGCCUUGGAUUUGAGAAUACCACUUCUGAUGCUGUCGAGCAGUGGAGGGACACCAUUGCACACCCUGAAAAGGUGGUCUCUGUGUGGCACAAACUGAGUCGAGAGGACAGAUGCAUGUCUAAACAGUAACCCCUACCCCGCUCAAGCUUCAUCAUCCAGGUUUUGGGUACACAGCCAGUCCUUUAUGCUGACGCAUGUGCAUACUUUGGUGGUGCUCUACGAAAAUACUUUAAAAUGAUGACACAUGUCCUUUGCGUAGAACUUCAGCUGCUAAGUAUAUUUAGUUUACCCUGGGGUGGUUUGCUUCUGAGAGUUCUGAGAAGUAGAUUUGUUCAUCCUGUGGUUUUGUAGUAAUUAUCCUAUCAGAUGUGGAUGGUUGAAUCCCUGACAAUACAGAAACUCUGUCAGGGAGCAUGAUGCCCAUACCAUAACAGAGAGAAUAAUAGUCACUUUGGGGUGGAGCUUAGCAGGAGGACUGAUGAUGUCAUAGGCGGGAGGGGCGUGUACCUUUAU